GACUUCUCAAUUCCGAGUUCAUUCCAUUCCAACACUGUUUUGAUGGCUUUCGUUAUUCUGCUUCCCCCUAUCAGCCUUCGCUAAAAGGUCGACCUAUUCCUAUUGAUAUUUUCUUUGUAUGCUGAAGUACCUCAACAUCGACCUGUCUUCAUCCUAAAACAUCAGCUUGUCUUCUCCCUGUUUUCCUUACGGGUGCAUAAGCUCCUCAAUAUCGAACUUCAUGAGGUUGCUGUCGACUGACUGUUUUGCGGGACUGCACGCUACCACCAAAAUUAAAAAAUGCCAGCUCGGAGCAAUUCCAAUUGCAGUUUCUCACCUUCCUAAUCUCCAACUUGUCCUUGAACAUUCGAAUCUUGCCAACAUGCCUCUCAUUUCACGACAGGAAGCCCCGCAGUCAAUCUUCCAUACCCUCGACGGUGCAGACCCCGAGGACGUCGACGAAUUCGGAUUCGGAGGAGAUGCUCGUGAGUUCAUUGAACGCGAGUUAGCGAAAACACAUGAGAGCUGCGUGUCACCUGCCGAUGAGCCACUGCAUUCUGCCGCCGAAGCAUUGCUGCAGGCAACUCCGCACAGACCCGACUUUUCAAUGGCGACAGUUCUUCGUGCGAUUGGCCUUCGGGCUAAGAUCCAAAGCAUGGUUUUCUCGGUCUUUAUGUUCCUCCAAGACGUGUGCUUAGUCGGAAUGGAUGGUCUAAUACAGCCCAUGGAGCUCACAAACUGCAAGCAUGAUGAGAUCCGAUUGGUGAUGCAGGCGCUGCAGUGUUUUGAGAAAAUCAGGGUUAUGGACGAGCCAGACACAUACCGAUAUAAACUUUCUUCUCGUUCUCAGGUUACACUCCCGUGAGAAUCUGGCUUGCCACGCUCAUCGUCCGAGGAGCUAUUGUCACCGACAUGUGGACCAUAAUGGAUCGCAUCGGAGAACUUGGUGAUUUGGACGUGGAGACUUUCAAGCAGGUCUGGCCUGAGGAACGCAUUCUCAACGUGGAUAGAAAUGCUGGUAUCAUCCAGGCUCGCAGCCUAGGGCGCGCGCAAAGUCUUGCAUUCUUCUUACCGCACAACCUGGAUCAAGAUCGCGUCCGGGAUCCCAUGAACGUCUACUCGGAAUUCGAUAAUUCGUUUACAAAGGUUGAAGAUCUCGUCUUCCGGUACUUCAAGAUGAAUAUUGAGCCUGGUUUACCAAAUGAGGAAUUGCCCGCAAGUUAUGUGAGGGCUCAUGUAAAUAAGUUAGAAUUUUAAUAAUAAACCGCAACAGCCCC